AUGGCUAAGACGGCGACAUUGACUGUAAGGCCCGGACUACCUCAACCAGAGCGGAACGGAGCAGUGUCUCCAGUUUCCAGUGGCUGCUUCCUUUGUCUUAUUGCUUCAAUUUGGAACUCUUUUGUCUCCUUUUGUCGGAGCUUUACCGUCUGCCGCUACCUCGGUGAGAUCAAGAGACGUUAUGCUAAUUGUUAUCUACCUACGAACUUAAUCGACGAGAACAGGUCCUCAUCCAAACUCAAAGCCCACCUGGUCAGAAAAUUUCUUUUGGCUCCAGUCCUCGCUGCGACAACUACACUGUGGCCGCUCUAUGGAGUACCUUGUCCGAUAGCCAACUAUUGCCUCAAUGAUGGAACGUGUACAUAUUACGAGACGGUUGGAGAAUUAGUCUGCCAGUGUGCUGAAGGAUUCAAAGGACAAAGGUGUGAGAACAAAGAUGUCUACAACCGCAGCAGUAUGUAUAGGCCUAAACCCUACACUUGCAAACUGGGCAUUUCCUCCUCCUUUUAUUGCUAA